AUGGCUACAGCAUCAGUACUAUCGAACACUGACGACUGUGAGCCUUGCGCAUUCUGUUUAAGUAAAUAUAGUCGUACGCGGGCUUCAUUCUGCCAAUGUAAACAUUGCUCUACACCAUUAUGUAUCGACUGUACAAAAGAACACCAUGAUGAACUUUUGCAAGAAGUUACUCAGAUUUCUCACCGAUACAAUCAAUUGAAAGAACUUUUACAGACAAAACAUAACAUUAUUGUUGAUGAAACAGCAAAAUCAAUAGAGGAUGUCAAUCAAUAUUUUAAGACAUAUAUCGAUGAGCUAAUUGAAACACAAAAGAAAAUAAUUUCAGAUAUCGAAGAAGCCAAACAAGAUGCACAAAGUUCUAUACUUAAAAUCGAUUCAGAUUUGAGCAUGGUUGGUAUCGAAAUUCAUGGCUUGGCUAAACAAAAUAUUGCUCAAACGACAAAAACGACAAAUCUCUUAGCAAAGCUUAAGUCUAUUGAACAAUCGAUCAAUACAUAUAAAGCAAUCAGAACCGAGAAUUUAUUGAAGACGAAGCCCGAGUUCUCUAUAAAAUUCGAUUGUGCACUGGCCAUUACAGGAGCCGCUUCUUCCGACACUAUUGCUAAAGAAACAAAAUGUGUACCUUCCACAAUAUUGAAAGAAUCGUUCUCUAAAACUAGCCCGUUAAGUAUUCCUCAACACACUACAACUCAGCAGAAUUUAGCAGAUGACAUGGAAGAAUACGAUGAUCUUAGUGAUUCUGACGAUAACAAUGAUACAGAGUGUGGUUUUAUAGAAACAACAUACCCUAUUGAUCGAAUGGCAAGCGACGGAGAAAAUAUAAUGUACAGUGUUUAUUACGAUGAUCAGCCUGAUAUUAUUGCAUAUUUUGAUCAUCUAAACCGUGGUGAUCCAUACCGCGAUUGGAACCAAUCACGCAUCGAAGAUAUGAUAUGGUGGGGCACUAUUUCAAAGUUCAUCUGUGCUACUGAAGAUGCAAUUUAUACAGUGGAGUAUAUAAAUACACGAUUUAAAAUUCUAGCUGUUAUACGGGAAAAAUGGUCAUACUGUCGUGUGGCAGCAAAUACUAGUUCUCUCUUUACAUGGAGUAACUCUGAUGAAUACGACUUCAAUGGUAUUGAAGUCUAUUCCACUGAGUUUGAGUCUAUAAAAACCAUUAAUUUUAAUAGUCCUCAUAUUGGAGUUUUUAUAAAUCAAAGUGUCAGCUUUUGCAUAACGGAUAAUUUUAUCGCGUCACUUUGCACACGUAUGCGAAAUGACCAUAAAGUAUUUCAAGUUACUGUGUGUGAUUUAGAAAUGAGUAAAUUAUAUUCACUUCCUCUGGGAAGAUGUAGUGACAAUGUCGAAAUUCGUACCGAUGGAGAAGAUCAAUUCUUCAUUACAACAGGACAUCGCAAAUUUUAUAUACUCCAUUAUGAUGGUGAAAAGCAAACCGUUAAUCUGAAAAAUGAUGGUGAAUGCAUUGCUGUACUUCAUAAUCGACGCAUUGCUGUUAGCAGAAAUCGUGGUGUCAUGAAAAUCAUAAAUUAUUAA